AUGACGAAAGUCAGACAUCGGGGAACAAUAAUUGUUGUGCUACAAAUGAUCCACGGAAGAAUAAGACUUCUAGUGUGCAAGAGGAGAUUGGAUAGGUUAUGGAAAACCGACUUUCCGGAAUGCAGAUUAGACAACAGCACAGGUAUGUCGUCUGAAGAUCGACGUGCACUAUCAAUCAUGGAAAGAACAAUAGAGAAAGAUGGCGGACAUUACAAGAUCGGACUACCAUGGCGCGAUGAAAACGUGAAUUUACCAAAUAACAGAGUGUUGGCAACUACCAGACUUGCGUAUUUGAAGCGCAAACUUCAAGGUAAUGAGGAUUUAUAUACAAUGUACCGAAGCACGAUGAAUGAUUAUAUUACAAAUGGGUAUGCUACUCCUGUUACAGAUGCAGACGUAAUGGAAACUGGUAAGGUUUGGUAUCUUUCGCACCAUCCAGUUAUCAACCCAAAGAAGCCAGGAAAGGUAAGAAUAGUAUUUGACUGUGCAGCUAAGUAUAGAGGUACGUCGUUGAAUGAUAACAUUUUACAGGGUCCAGAUUUUAUGAAUAGCAUUGUAGGAGUGCUGAUACGAUUCCGAGAGGAACCUGUCGCUCUUCUAGCGGAUAUUGAGGCAAUGUUUCACCAGGUAAAGGUACAAGACAGUGAUAGGAACUCACUUCGAUUUCUGUGGUGGCCUGAUGGUGAUCUAGAAAAAGAGCCAUGUGAAUACUGUAUGACUGUCCAUUUAUUUGGAGCAACGUCGUCGCCUAGUUGUGCAGCAUACAGUCUUAGACGUACAGCAAGUGAUAACGCUAAGGAGUUUAGUGAUGAUACAGUGAAAACGAUAGAACGCGACUUUUACGUCGAUGACCUUCUGAAGUCAGUGACAGAUGCAAAGGUAGACAUGGAGAGGGCAGGCUCGACAACGAAGAUCGACCUUGAAACUACCCCACGAGUUAAACGUGCUCUUGGACUGCAGUGGCGCAUAGAUAAAGAUGAGUUUGCAUUUGAUGUAAGUCUUCAACAAAAGAGUCAUACGAGACGUGGUAUAUUAUCUGUUGCAAGUUCGUUGUAUGACUCCCUCGGGUUUGUUGCACCGGUGACUCUUAUUCCAAAGUUGGUCUUACAGAAUGCUUGCAGGCAACAGUUACAGUGGGAUGAAAGGGUAUCUGAAGCCGACGCCGAAAAGUGGUCUCAGUGGUUAAUGAAUCUUCCAGAAUUGUCGAAGGUAAGUAUUGACAGGUGUUUGAAGCCAGGCAAGUUAGACAAAUCUUCCAAGAUAGAGUUACACAUGUUCAGUGAUGCAUCUGAACAGGCGUACGGAUCAGCGGUGUAUGUGAAGAUUUACGACGCCGAAGGAAACAGUAAGUGUAGUCUCGUUAUGGGAAAAUCCCGGUUGGCGCCGAUUAAAUCUAUUGCAAUACCUAGGCUGGAGCUAGAUGCGGCAGUGCUUGCUGUGAAGUUGUAUCGGUUAGUGAAACAGGAGUUAGAUUUGAAUAUAGAUAAAAGAUACUUCUGGACAGAUUCUAUGAUCGUUCUGGGGUACAUCCAGAAUGAGAAAAGACGAUUCAAGACUUUCGUUGCCAAUAGACUGGCAAUUAUUCAUGAUGUAACAACGCCGCAGGACUGGAGGUACGUACCUACAAAGGAAAAUCCUGCUGACUUGGCGUCAAGGGGCGUGCACCCUCACGAAACGGAUAAGCUUUCAACGUGGCUUAGAGGUCCAGAAUUCCUGCAGUCCGAUAGUUCACACUGGCCAGGGACCCCAGGCCUUGUGACGAUAGAUGUUAAUGAUACAGAAUUAAAGGCAGAGGUUAGUACGCACGUGACACAAGGUAAGUGUGAUAAGAGAAUAAAUGAUCUUUUGGGAAAGUAUUCCGACUGGAAUAAACUACAACGAGCUGUAGCUUACAUUCUUAUGUUCAAACAGUACUUCUUUCAAAGAAACUCGAGAUCAAAAGAAAGUUCUGGAACUUCAGUAAAACGCGGGUGUUUGACUAUAUGUGAGAUUCGAGAAGCGACCAAAGCUAUUCUUAAGUUUGUACAAGGGAAUACGUUCGAUAUUGAAAUAAACAGUGUCAUGAAAACAGGUCGUGUUCCAAAAGUAAGUUCUCUUACCAAAUUAAGCCCCGUUUACAUAGGAAGUCUCCUGAGAGUCGGCGGACGACUUGAUAAUUCCGACUUACACAGUGAUGUGAAGCACCCGAUUAUUUUGCCAAACAAUCACCAUGUGACGAGGAUUCUGAUUAGGAAAUAUCAUGAAAUCAAUGCGCACAUGGGCGCUCACUACAUUCUGUCGUUGAUUAGACAGAAAUACUGGAUUGUCCAUGGACUUAAAACUGUGAAGUCGGAACUGAGCAAAUGUAUUGAAUGCAAGCGAAGACUACAACGUCCCCAAACGCAACAGAUGGGCCAACUUCCAGCCGAGAGACUCACACCAGACAAAGCACCGUUUACGUACGUUGGCGUCGAUUAUUUCGGUCCGAUGUAUGUGAAAUCUGCGGUUUGUAAGCCGUCGAGGACGCCCGUAAAGAUCUUCAGCGAUAACGGAACAAAUCUUAGAGCAGGAGAAAGGGAGUUACGAGAAUCAGUUCAGCAAUGGAACCAAAGUCGCUUGUCUAAAUAUUUCCUUCAAGAGACGAUUGAUUGGCACUUUAAUCCCCCUUAUGCAAGUCACAUGGGUGGUGUCUGGGAAAGGUUGGUAAGAUCAGUCAAAAAUGCGGUAAAAUCGGUUGUUCGUGAACAGCUUCUGCGUGACGAAGCUUUAAUGACACUGAUGACGGAAGUCGAAAAAAUACUGAAUGAUCGACCAAUAACUCAGAGAAAUUUGACGGUAAAUGACCUUGUGCUUGUCUGUGACGAACCGUCUACACGCGGUCGCUGGCCUCUAGGACGUGUGCUUGAGGUUAGUAAAGGGAGAGACGGACUUGUGCGGUCAUGUAGGGUUAGGGUAAAUGGUUUAGAGAAAAUAACCGUUGUUGAUGUACGAUAUUGUUUGUGGUACUAA